AAAGAAGGACAGCAAUUAGAGAUACACAGAAACUCCAUGGAACAGCCACAUCAACAAAUAAUACAAUGAUAGGAUAGCGAGUAGAUGUUCUACACAAGAAUGAGGAAUCCCAACAAUUCAAWUGCAAGUCUAACAGAAAGCAUUGCCUUAGCAGCCAAUUMUGAAUGUGAYCCACAAUUCAAGUUGUGCUACAAUGAUUUGGAAAAACAUGCCAGAAUAACUGCCUUUGUACUCCUUAUUGUGCUAGGGAUUGUAAUCAACAUCUUUAUCAUCAUAAUCGCWGUYAAAUACACAGUGCGCAAAAGCCUGCACCACCUGAUUAUCARCAUGGCCGUAUCAGAUGCUAUGUAUCUUUUUGUGAAGAUAUCAAUUGAGAUACCCGCUCUGGGCAACAAUUUGAAGAUAUACCCUAGUGGUACAUUGGGUACUGUAAUCUGUAAAAUCCAAGCAUUUCUGCUCCAUGUCACAUACAGGGUAUCGCUAAUCGCUCUUUUGGUAAUCAGCGUUGAAAGAUUUAGAGCAACCAGAGGAAUUCAAAGAUUGCGACCAUAUACAAUGAGACAACGUGUGCUAAUUCUUGUUAUGUGCUGGUUGAUUCCUAUGCCAAUAGCUGCCUACUACACAUAUUUAGCAACUCCACAAACUGGCUAUUGUAUUCCUUUGAAGGUGUUCGUGUCAGACAAAGUCGCUUACAUAAUARAAAUAAUUUGCRUUUUUGCCAGCUUUCUUUUUUCAAUUGUAUGCUGUGUAAUAUUCGUUCUUGGCAUCAUAACAAUAAGACGACUCUCAAAGCCUCAAGUCAACCUGGAAGCCCAUCUAACCGAAGAACAACGACACAUACGAAUACGUCGAACAAGAGCAGCCGUACGAAUGGUCCUCUCCUCUGCCGUGCUGUACACAUGUUGCAUGCUUCCUUUCCUUUUCUUGACAAUAGUCAAUGACGACGAUUGGAGCAUCGGCAGUUUUCAAUAUACCUCAUCAGCGGAAAACUCAAGUCACAAGGACAAGGGAAAUAUGGUGUAUACAAUAUUUCAUUUUUUGCCUGUCCUCAAUUCCUGUUUUAGUCCGUGCAUCUACAUCAUAUUCCUAUCUGACUUUCGCGAAGCAGCUAAGAAAGUGCUGUGUAGGAGACAAGUAUUAAAUCAGGCAGCAAACAGAGAAAACGAUGUUGAGUUACAGCAAGUGUCAACGCCCCGAAAAAUAAAUCCAGCAAGAUCUGCUAAUCGACCAAAAAUCAAUUCCGAUGAAGGUCAAAAAUUAUAGAGCACAAGGUUAGAACUGGCAUUAACGUACUUUUAAGUAAAAAAAACUUAAGUACUUUUAAGUAAAAAAACGGUUUCUUUUGUGCUAUGUGACCGCAAGGGCAUACACUCCGAAGACAGAUACUGAAUCAGGAAGCAAACAAGGAUUCUGUUGAAGUGCAAGCCAAUAACUUUAUAUGUAUUGUGCACAUGCACACAUACAGCAGUUCAGGAACCUGGUGAAAGAAUUAUCGUGAAGAACUAAGAAUCUAUACUAUUUACUGUCUAAUUCCUCAAAAAUAUCAAAAAAGUAAAGUAAGACUUGMAUGUUUUCAUAUUAUUAUUAUUCUUGUGCUUCUCUUUAGGAGAUAUGCAGCAAAGAGAAGAUCUGAUAAGUCAGCAAGCAAGAGCGAUUAACUUGCUUCAACUAUUGUCAAAAUGAUUUCGUUKCCGCUUCAAACCUYUCCUUUUAGGAUUAGACAGCAUUUUGAUCAUUUUUUCUUCUUUUAUGCGAUAAGAUUAAACAUCAUUAUAAGAUAACUUYUAUAUAACUUUUAUAUAUUGGU